AGAUGAACAGCGAUUACUAAAGAGCAUUCGAAAGUUACUUUCCCAACUGGAUAGUUUUUUCCCUUUUUAAGAUCCUGCUUCCUAAAUGGAGAAUGGCAAAGUUUGCAGUGCUAAGAAGAUUACUGGGCAUCUUACCUUUCCUCUAGUGGUGGUCUCCAUAAUUUCAUCCUUUGGCUCCUCCAUGUUGUAUGGUUAUAACUUGGCAGUGGUCAACUCCCCGUCUGAGCAUAUCAAAAGAUUUUACAAUGCUACCUGGCUACAGCGAUAUGGACAGCCUCUUGCGCAGAGUCCACUGACCAUAAUGUACUCUUUGACUGUGUCAGUGUUUGCCUUGGGUGGUAUGCUUGGCUCUCUUAUGGUGGGAAUUCUGGUGUCUAGGUUUGGAAGGAAAGGGUCCUUGAUAGCCAGCGCACCUUUGGUCUUCAUUGCUGGAGGUUUGAUGGGAUUCAGUCGCCUCUUCGGGUCCCCAGAAAUGGUCAUUAUUGGAAGGUUUAUAACUGGUAUACACUCCGGAAUCACGCUCAGUGUUGUUCCUAUGUAUUUGGGAGAAAUUUCCCCAAAGAAUUUACGUGGCUUCUUGGGUCUGUUGCCGAGUAUCUUUAUUUGCCUUGGGGUGUUUACAGCACAAGUUCUGGGACUUCCUGAAUUGCUUGGCCAGGAUGCAAACUGGCCCCUGUUUCUUGCCUUGAUUGUGUUGCCAACCCUUGUCCAGCUUAUAAUUCUCCCUUGGUUUCCAGAAAGUCCUCGAUAUCUCCUCAUCGAUAAAAACAAUGUCCAUGCCACCAUAGAUGCUUUGAGGUGUUUCAUUGGGGAGUAUGACGUGCAGGAUGUCAUCGAGGAGAUGCAGGAGGAGCAGCAAUCCCUUUCAUCGGUGGAGACCGUAUCAGUCUGCCAGCUGUUGAUGGACCACACUCUGUUCUGGCAAAUUUUAUCAGUUGUUGUAAUCAAUAUGGGUAUGCAGCUCUCUGGAAUAGAUGCUAUCUGGUUUUACACCAAUUCUAUAUUUGAAAAUGCUGGGGUACCUCUGGCUGAAAUCCCGUACACAACUGUGGGAACCGGAGCAAUUGAGAUAAUCGCAGGUUUAAUUGGGUGUUUUACAGUUGAGAAGCUGGGCAGACGGCCUCUUGUAAUUGGUGGAUUUAGUUUCAUGGGUUUCUGCUGCGCUGGGAUAACGUUGGCGCUGGUGUUUCAGGCGCGGAUUGCCUGGAUGCGCUAUGUUAGUGUGGCAUGCGUGAUUGGAAUAAUUGCAGGCUUCUGCAUUGGACCAGCUGGGAUUCCAUUUAUAAUGACUGGAGAACUCUUUAAACAGUCUCAUCGUCCUGCAGCUUACAUUGUGGGAGGGACACUGAACUGGUUAUCAAAUUUUACUGUAGGAUUUGUCUUCCCAUUCCUUCAGAUGUCUGCAGGAGCCUUCAGCUAUAUGGUGUUUUGUGGGGUGUGUGUGUUCGUAGCAGCUUAUGUUUAUUUUAUCAUUCCGGAAACCAAGAAUAAAACAUUUAUGGAAAUUAGUCAGAUGUUUUCCACUGCCAACACCAAAUCUACACCGAUAAUCACAGUAGAUGAUGUUAAGCUAAGAAAGAUGAACGGAUAUGGGGCGUUGGACAGCAGUUCUCUUGAAGUUUCUUUGCCAGAGAAUUUGAAAGGACCAAUGGACUCUAUCUCUUAAGAAGAGAACCAUGAAGGCUCCGUCAUUGUUAAGCCCAUUGGGUCAAUGUGAAUGGGUCACUGCAAGUUUUAAGGAUUGUUCAGUCCAAUAUGAGACCCACUAGGUAAAAGAGCGUGGUCGACCUACGUUAGAACGUAGCGUGAGAAGAACUUAAAGGAAUAUGGUUAAAGUUGACAAAUGGCCAAAAAAUAACAGGCAAAACCUUUUGUGUUAUCAAUGAUCUAA